UAAUCACUUUCACCUCCACCACACCUGAAACUCUCGCUCUCUGUAUCUCUCACCGUUUGGUUCCAUUACAUUUGCUUACAUUUGGUGACCGUACGUUCGAGUUCGAGAAACAAAAGUAGGAGUGUUCGUCCGCUGAGACCGCAGAGCCUCAGAUCGAACUAAAACCCCAAACACAGAACCUCUUCCUUCAUCUGAUCAUUCAAUUGCAAUGAGCAAGAGGAAGCUCCCCUCUGAUGAUCACAGCCCUCCAUCUUUCUCUCCUCGUUCUUCGGACACCAUGCCGUGUUCUUCUGGAAUGGAAUUAUUAACACAAGAGCAUCAUCCAAGCCUCGGGCGAUCAAUGUUCUUUAAACGCUCACGUCAUCAUUAUGCGCAUCAAUACUCUCGACGUAACUCAGGCAAUCUUGCUAAUCCAUCAACCUCUCGCGGAAAAGGAGUGCCUUUGCGAGAUGAUAAGCUCUCCUAUAAGUUGGCUACUCAAUCCAGCUCCGAGUCCAGACGUCAUUCAGAAACCAAGGAAAAGCCUUUUCUUCGGCCAGCAAGAAUUAGAUCUAGCUUCUUGGCAACGGAUGCUGUAUCACCAGAUCCAGGGAAGAUGGUAUGUGGGAUUUGUGACAAGCUGUUGAGGCGUAAACCUUUCUUUCUCGGUAGCACACAGUCUUCUACUGAAGUCUCUGUUGUUGCAGUUUUAGUUUGCGGCCAUCUUUUCCAUGCAGAUUGUUUGGAGCAGAAAACAAGUUUUGAAGGUAGACACGACCCCCACUGUCCGUUGUGUGCGGGAUUAUUGCCCAAGGUUGAAGAUUCAAAAGAGUAGGGAUGGUGAAAACAGCAUUUGGAAUUUUGUACUUGAAACCUUUGAGGCCUGAACUGUAUUUUCUUGUGAACACCAGUCUUCAACUGAACUCCGUGGCAACCUACGUUUGCAGCCAUAUUUUCAUGAGACUGUUUCAAGCACAAAACAAGUUUGAAGACAGAUGCUACCCACCUUCUCCAUUGUGCGUGCCCAAGGUUCAAACCUUCAAGGUUGGAUUCGAGCAGGCAGAAGUUGGUAGUAAAGUUGUUAACUUGACUCCAUUAAUAGCCUAAUACUGAUAAUCUUGAUGAAAGAAUCACAGCUGGAUCGUCGGAAGCUUUCUUGAGCAGAUUAACUCGUAGACAGGCUAAAACUUUCGGUUUGUACUCCGACGUUGAAGUGCAGUUUGUAUUCAUCAGUAGCUAAUGACUGUUUUUAAUACUCUAGAAGUUAGACGAAGCAAACUUUGUGAUCAUGUAAUGUACAAAUUCUAGUUGUUUUCUGCAUUUCUGCAAAUUUCAUUUCUCUCUGUAAGAACGACUUGGAAGGGCGAUGGUGUGUUCAUGUGUAACGGGUGAUUGAUUAUAUUUCAUGUGAA